GUCCUGGAUCCCGUGGCUUCUCUGCAAGGGGGCGGUGCAUCCACGCCGGGGGGGGUCAGAGCAACAUGAACAGCACAGUGUUGCCUCCCACUGCCGUGUAGGGUCCGCAACACGGAGACCCAGGAGUGUCCGCUGAGGUGUGCCCGCUCCCAAAUCUCCUCCUCCGGUCCUCCCCAGGAGAACAACGCCGAUCUCUGCCGCUCACUCUCGGGUAAAGAAGCACGAUGCCUGUCGUCUCCACUGUGGAGAGCGUCCCUAGAGUUACGGGCACCCCCGUGCCGAGUCUUUACCAGCGGAUAAGAAGGCGCCUAACCAGGGACCUGCUGGUGACCCUCGCUCUGGGUCAGGUCCUGUCCCUGUUAAUCUGUGCCAUCAGUCUGACCAGCAAAUACCUGGCUGAUGACUUUCACGCCAACACGCCGGUGUUCCAGAGCUUUCUCAACUACAUCCUGCUGUUUCUGGUUUACACCACCACACUGGCGGUCAGGCAAGGGGAUGGGAACCUGCUGGCCAUCCUGAAGCAGCGCUGGUGGAAAUACAUGAUUCUGGGUUUGAUAGACAUCGAGGCCAACUAUCUGGUGCUCAAAGCUUACCAGUACACCACACUCUCCAGUGUACAGCUGUUGGACUGUUUUGUCAUCCCAGUGGUCCUGCUGCUGUCUUGGUUCUUUCUUUUGGUGAGGUACAAGGCCGUCCACUUUGUCGGGGCGGGACUGUGUCUGCUGGGUGUUGGCUGCAUGGUGGGAGCUGACAUCCUGCUCGGUCGACAGCAAGGCCUUGGAGAGCAGAAGCUCUUUGGGGACCUCUUGGUCGUGGGUGGAGCGACGCUCUACGCGAUCUCCAACGUCUGUGAGGAGUUCAUUGUGAAGAACCUGAGCCGUGUGGAGUUCCUUGGCAUGAUGGGACUAUUUGGAUCCUUCUUCAGUGGCAUCCAGGUGGCCAUCAUGGAGCACAAGGAGCUGCUGAAGGUACCCUGGGACUGGCAGAUAGGUCUUCUGUAUAUCGGUUUCAGUGCCUUCAUGUUCUGCCUGUACAGCUUCAUGCCGGUGGUGUUAAAGAGAACAAGCGCCACCUCAGUCAAUCUGUCUCUGCUCACAGCAGACAUGUACAGCUUCUUCUGUGGCCUCUUCCUCUUUCACUACAAGUUCUCUGGCCUCUAUUUGUUGUCAUUCUUCAUUAUCAUCUUGGGCCUGGUCCUUUACGGCACCUUGUCCACCUACGUGGGUCAGGACCCGCGCGUCUACAAGCAGUUCAGGAACACUGGCUGCCAGCUGUCCGCCGACCAGCCUCCACUCAGCGCCGGAGUCCUGGAGCCCUCCGUCACCUACACCAGCCUGGGUCCCGAGGCAGGCGACGACAUUCCCGUACACGUAGCCUAAGAUCUCGGAGGGAAUUCAGCCUAUCAGGCUGGUGAAUUGGCAGGCACGAUGUAGCCUACAGUUUCUGCCCUAAAGUUGUAUAGAGGAGAAAUGUGCCGGCUGUACCUGGUGUCUUGAGCAGGGCGGCUGGAUGAUCAUCCAGGUAGGUCCUGCUUAUUAUUUGAUGACCGUUAUUGGGGAACAAAGUCUCCACCCGCUCAGAGACUAACACUGAAUGUUGUAAAAACAAAUAUCCAAGUGAGUGAAACUCACUUUGGUCAAAGACUGUGAGCAGACACUCAUUCAUGUAUAUAGAUAGUAGAUUAAAUACGGUAAAAAUAAGAUACCAUCUUCUUUACAUCUGUAAAGAAUGUUUGUGCUUCACAUAUGUAUGUUUAAGCUGUAUCAAUUUCAUUUCUUAUGUUCUGUAAAUAUACUGUGUUAGUGGUGGUUAAUCCAUUGCUUGUAUCACUCAAAGCUACGCUGGUAUGUAAAUAUCCUCCAUCACGUACUGAAUGUUUGUAGGCUCAUAUUUAAGUUUGACUACUUUCACACUUGAAAAAGUGAACUUGACUUGAGAAAAUGAAUCAUUCAACUGAUGAAAAAUGUAAAUAUUUAAAGUUCGGAGAGUAGUAUGGUCAGGUGGAGGAGGUGGGUGCUUGCGUAUUAUUGUUUUGCGUUCAGUUAUCUGGAUAUACACUGAGGCGUUUAUGCCCUAUUUGGAAAUUUAACAAUCAAAUUUGUGGAUGGAAAUGCACCCACCGGCUCUAAAAGGAAUAUUACCAGUAAUAUUUCCAUAGACUGUAUUACAUGGCUCACAGAUGGAGCCCCCUUCCUGCUUAAAUCCAACUUAUCGAACCACUUGGCAACUCUAUUAAACUCAACCUUCCUGGUAAACCCUAGUUUUCCAAAUUCCAUUUGUAUUGCAGACUUUUUGGUCUCCUAAUCUUGGACAACCCUGAUGAUCACAAUGAUGAUAUUUAUUUUCUCAGCCUGGACAAAGCUCCUCCUGAGCCAAGACAUAAAACAAGAAAGAAGCUGAAUCUAACCAAUGUCAACAAAUUACCAUUAGCAAACAGCUGUGUUACUGGUUUUGGCUUUGAUGAGAUGCAGUCAGUGAUCAGGAAGUAACAGAAUGGAGGUGUGAUAUGCUCACAUAUUCAACCAUAAUCCUCAGGAAACUGCUGUUUGCUAGGUAAAAUACAAAUAAAAAACAGAUGUUUACUGUUAUGUUUUCAUUGUUUUUGCCAUUUCACUGUGGUACGGACAAUACGAAAUCACUGCUGUAAACUGAACUGUGUUUUCCACAUUUUCAGAUGUAUUAUGAGUAAGGCCUCGGCACUCUUAGUGUUGGUUUGUAUGAGACAGAUUGGUGAGAUGCCCUACAGCUCAAAUCCAACCUACUGGUUCUUCUUACUGCUCAGCAGUGGCGGCUGGUCCACAGAGGGCAAUGGGGCAUGGCCCCACCAUGAGCGACAAAAGAAAAUUUGCUUUAAUUCAUUUUCGUUGUUUAUUAUAUUAUAUUUUACAAACAGUCAAUAUUUGUGUUUUUGUGCUUUUGAAACGUGGAUUAUAUACUAGGUAUUAUUUGUAAAUUAAGAUAUCUGUGCGAAAUCUAUGCUUUUCCUGCACGUCCUCUCCGCUUGUCUCAGCUGGGUUCCAAAGCGGUGGGUCUAAGAAGCAGUUACCAGUCACUGAUAAAGUUAAUGAGUGACAUUAUAAUUUCAGUGUCCUAAAAUGCAUUGAGUUUGGGGGAAGUCUCCGAUGCGUCUUUUAACAACAUAACGAGCGACCAUCGGCAGCGUCCUUCAAGAAGACUCGACCCGAACUCUGUAGAGAGAAAAACUUUUCCAGACAAAGUAAACAGCUGGACCAGAUCAGACAAUGGACCUGCGUGAAAGGGAAGCACCCUUAUAUACACAUACAUACACACAUUAUUUAUGUAUAUAUAUGCACACCAUGAGAAAGGUGAGAGUUUAAUGAAAAGGAAAGUCUACUCCAGAUCUAGUAGUAUUAUUUGACCUCUAUUUCAUAACUCUGUUUGAAAAAGCAAUAUAUGUUGUUGUCGAUGUACAGGAGAGACGUAACAGGGUUAUUGAACUGACUGAAAAAGCUGUUCACUUGGUUUGGUUUACUCAUUUACUCAUUUAUUCACUUUCCAGAUAGCUUUCUUGAUGCUCCUGUUUCAAUGGCCUUUUGUAUCCUGUUGGAUGUAAUGCAUCUGGGUUACUGUCUACGAUAUGCUUACAUCGAUAAAUAAAGCUUCUUUGUCAGAACA